AUGAGCGCAGUUCAGAACAACGGGGAACCAUCAUUAACCAACAACAACAACAACAAUAUUCAAAAGCGUAUGCCACGCAAACGGGUGCCGGAUGAGGUGAAACAAGAAGGAACUCCGGAUGUGUUGAUGACCGGCUCAACGGGUUACAACAAGAGCUGGACUGUCAUUCAACGUGCCGUCGACACUCUGAUGACUGAGACUACUGUACCGGUGCCACUCUCAACCAUCAAGAAUCGGGAGCCAAGACACUUGCCAAAGCGUCGCAUCUUCGUCAGCCUGUACAAGGAUGUGCUUCUCAACAACUUGAUCAUCAAAACUCAGGAGUUCCAGUUGGACUAUGAACAACAAGGUGUGCCAUUCACACGCCAAGUGAUCAUCGACUACCCAACUGAGCGCCAAAAGCCACGCAAGGAGCGUCACUAUGAGUUCUGGCCAUUCUUCGAGCAACUCCCAGAGCUCGACGAAGACGAGCAAGUUGCUCCGGAAGACAUCAAGGAGGAGGAAGUGCAUGACACUCUUGGAUUCGCAUCAGACAGCUCGAUCGAGUUGGCCGAGGAGUGCAAGGAGAACUCGACCUUCUUGCCAGCUCCAUUGAGCGAUGAGAUCACCAAGGAGAUCGCCGGACUCUUCUCCCCACAAAAGAAGACCAGACCACCAAGCAACAACUUUGUCGAUAAGUACAUGAAGAAGGGACCAUUCGCCAGAAUCUUCUGA